CUCUUCACCACAAACCUACGAAUCCGGAGGGAUUGUUCUGCUCAACCAGGCUGGCCCUCUGCUGAGGUUUCCGUCCUGGGACAAGAGAAGAUUGUGAACUUGUAAAGUUUUGCAGCUUUUCAGCCUCGAAGUUGAAGUGGAACUCAAAGCCUACUGCUGUCUCAUGCCAUAGGAAUGAGGAUGAUGAUGUGGCGAUGAAGGAGAAAUGUUCACAACCACGGACAGAUGUGUGUGAAUUUUAAACAGCUGGAAAAACUUUUGUAAAGGCCCUGGGAGGAGAGAUGAAGCUGAAAGUGAAGCGGCUCUACAUUGUGGUCUUUCUGUCUCUCCUCACCCUGUCAGCAAUGAUGAUAAACACAUAUUCACCUUUGCCCUGUGAGCAGAAAUGUUUGCUAUCACAAGGGCCUCACCCUAACCAACCCACUGAGACAGAAGCAAGGGACUCUAAGCAUCUACCUUCAAGCAUUCGAAGACGAUCUUGGAAGCUUUCUAAAAUAAAAGCUUCAGAAAAGCACAUACCAUUAAUUGACCAGCAACAUCGGAAAGGCAAUAAGGUACAGGAAAAUGUCCAGAUUUCAUCCAGAAGUAAUGCAAAAAGAACAUUUCUGAAGCGAAAACAAGAGUCAUAUCAAGGCAGAAACAAACCCUCCAACCAGACAUAUAUGGCCAAUACAAACGAGAGAUUGUCUAACCAACCAGGCAAUGGCAUUGACUCCAAAUAUCAUCUUCAUGUUCCAAGACAUGACCAAACCAUAUUUCAGUCUGCCAACAUGCAUUCCCUCCACACAGCCAUUAAGCCAUGCAGGCACAAAUGCACUCCAGAUGGGCCCAAACCAGAGGGGCUGAAGUGGAAAUCUAGUGUAGGGUUGUCUGUAAAACUUGAAUGGGACACAAAAGUAACCAAAACAUAUGAAAGACAAGCACAGAUCUCUGAGAAGCUUCAAUCUAUGGUUGAAAACAACCGUAUCUCUGGAGAAGGGGCUGAGGGGACAGACUUCAUGACUAACUGGUGCAAAACUUUGCAUGAUCAACAUUUCAGUAAAGUUUUAGACCAAACUAGAGCUGAAUCUUUGCCUUGGUUUAGUAAAGAUGAUGUAAAAAAGAUGAAUCUCCUUGCCAGAGGCACUGUGUUGAGUAAAGCCAGAAUUCCAGGUCAUGGCCAAGUGCUUCAAGUGGGACUCGGUGGUUGCAAUGAAAAUACUGCUUCGCCAACGGGGGACCAUUACAGACUCUGCCAAACAGGACAGUGUGCCCUGAUCAAGCGCCCCAAUGAUUGGUUUGAAGUUCUUGCGUUUCAUUUGGAUAGGGUCUUGGGUUUGAACCGCAGUCUUCCAGCAGUGCUAAGGACCUUUCAUAGUGAUCUGUUGCCAUACAAGUAUACCACUGGUUCAGGCAGACCUGUGGUGUGGUGGGACCCAGAUAUUCAACAUCUAGCUGAUGAUGAUAAUGACCAGAACUCUUUUUCCCUCAUGUGGCCCCAGUAUCAGGAUCUGCUCAAAGCUAAAUGUGGGAUGCAAAUACCUCUGAAUUCUUCAGUGUGUGUAGGUGUACACCAUUCAGAGUGGGGAAGAUUGGCUCUGUUUGACUUCCUGCUCCAGGUGAACGACAGACUGGACCGAUACUGCUGUGGGUUUCAGCCUGACCCUGCUGAUAUGUGUGUGGAGAACCUUCUCAAUGUCAAAUGUGCAAACCCUAAAGAUUUAAUGCUAGUGCAUAUUCUGGUUCGGAGGACAGAUCCCUCCAGACUAGUCUUUAUAGAUAAUGCAGGCAGGCCUCAUCACCCACAAGACAACCUCAACUUCAGACUGAUUGAGGGCAUUGAGGAGUUUCCAGAAAGAGCCAUGUCAGUGCUGCGGUCUGGCUGUCUGGAGCAGCUGCUCCUGCGCUCACUGUCUGUGGAUAAGGAGCUGUGGGAGCAUCAAGGAGGAGAAGCAGGGCUCAGAGCCAUCAUCCAAACUCUGCAGCACAGAGCUCAAAUCCUGCUGCAGCACACCCAGAACAUGAGAGUAAACAGUGAUCUGUGAAAAGACACCUGUUUAAAAGAACUUAUGCUGACUACCUGCAGGCAAGUUAAAAGUUGUCAGAUUGUGUUUUUUUUUUAUUUUAUUAAUAAUAGGUGAUAGUUACAGCUGCUGCUGCAUAGAGUGAAUAAUAAUAAUAAUAAUAAUAAUAAUAUGAAUUAUUAUUAUUAUUAUUAUUAUUAUUAUUAUUAAAUGUAUAUAGUUGUCAAACAACAGGUGCAGUGCACUUACAAGGACAUGCUUUCUAAUGCGUCUAAUAUUGAUGUUGACCAUUCUCAAGAAUAACUUGGGAAUGUUUUUGUAGUUUUUUUUUUCACCAUCCUCAAAAUUCUUUGUACAAAAUAAACUGAUAAUCUAACCUAAAAGUAAAGUUUAGUUAGUUAGUUAGUUAGGUAGUUAGUUGGUUGGUUAGUUAGUUAGUUAGUUAGUUAGUUAGUUAGUUAGUUAGUUAGUUAGUUAGUUAGUUAGUUAGUUAGUUAGUUAGUUAGUUAGGCAUCCAUGUCCUUGAAUAGAUUUAGAAAAUGUGGAACUUAAAAUUCAUACAGUACACUAUUGAGAUGUGAGACAGUUUUGCAGAAACAAAUUUGGUCUGUUGAACAUUGUUGUGUUCUCAGAAUUCUUAGAGAAAUCCCAUCAGACAGCAGAGUCCAAAGAUUUAAACACAUCAUCUGAGCUGAGCUGAUCUGAUUACUUCUGACAAUCUAAAUUGUUUACUAAUUUAAGUUACUAAUUUAAUAACCUCAGAAUAAUAACUCAAAUGACAAAAUGACAAUGUUAUGUUAUUCUUUACUGGAAGCAGUGAUCGAUAAUGCAUGACUCAUAAAAGACUAUGCUGACUGACUCAUUUCCAGGCCGAGAGAUUACAAUGAAUGCAGUGAGUUGCCCUGAAGGAUAUGAAAUGAUUUUCUGUUUUACAUUAUAUAUUCUUUAUAAACAAUAUGUGAAUACUAGCUGUACUAGUUUGUUAUACAUGAUCAGGUGAAAAAGCUAUUUGUAGCGUACUCGAGACUUUGGGACUGUACUGAGAUUAAAUCUGCUGUUCAGCUGCUACAGUAUGAACAGGAAAACUGACUGAAUGUAGCCUGCAGUAAAACUGAAGGGAUGCUGCCGGGUGGAAAGGCAUGUCUAAGAAAAGAAAAACUGUGUCAGCAUUUCUUCUGUGACAAAGAUGAUUAACUCUUUCAGUUGCCCAGCUUUACUCGGUUCAGCCAUUUGAAAAGAUAAUCUGGUGCUAAACAGCUAAACAAAUUUUCAGCGUUUUAGCUGAGGUAUGAGGAUUAGUUUCUGAUUCAGGAAAACAGGAAAUAAUUUUAUUUCUAUUCUUAUCAUAGGAAAACGGUUCCUUUUCAUAUUUAGUAACAGACUUGAAUAGUUCUGAUAUAUGAGGCUUAAUAAAGUUUCCCUUUCAUUUA